UUGUCGGUUACCGACAUCAACCCCGAAGAAACCGGGGCCCUGAUUCGACGGGCCCUGGAAAUGAAGGGGCAGGACCGCGGCGGUUCCGCCAAUGCUUUGCAGGGCAAAAGCGUGGCCCUGCUGUUCGAGAAGCCCUCGCUUCGCACCAAGGUCAGCUUCAUGGUAGGCAUCCAGGAACUGGGCGGCUAUUCCCUGUACCUGGGCCCCGAGGAAGUGGGCCUCGGCUCUCGGGAACCGGUCUCCGAUGUAGCCCGCGUCCUGUCCGGUUACGUGGACUGCAUCGUGGCGCGGGUCAACUCGCACCGCAGCCUGGAGGAACUGGUCGAGUACGGCACCGUGCCAGUCAUCAACGCCCUGUCCGACUGGGAGCACCCCUGCCAGACCAUGGCAGACCUGCUGACGAUCGCGGAGCACCAGGGAGACUUGCCGGGUCGCAAGCUGGCCUACAUCGGCGACGGCAAUAACGUAGCCCGCAGCCUGUGCCUGGCCCUGCCCGCCAGGCCUGCCCUGCAAAGGGCCAAAGACAUCGGCGGCGGCAAGAGCGAAAUAAUGUCUGUGCGCGAACCGGCCGAAGCGGUAAGCAAUGCCGACAUAGUCUAUACCGACGUGUGGACCAGCAUGGGAGAUGAGGCGGAACGCGGGGCCAGGUUGGAAGCCUUCCAGGGCUACACGGUAGACCCGGACUUGUUGCGCAAGGCCAAGCCCACCGCCAAAUUCAUGCACGAUAUGCCGGCCCAUUACGGGGAAGAAGUCCCGCCUGGCAUGCUGGAACACCCCCAGUCCAUUGCCUACACCCAGGCCCACAACCGCAAACACGCCCAGAAAGCGGUUCUGGAAUUCUUGCUGGGAAGUUAA